AUGGCUAUGCGGAUCCCCAGCCCCCUUGAGCCAAAAUCCGUCACCUCGUAUCUUCUCUCCGUCCUCGAGGCAUCCGACAACACACCGUACAUUGGCGAACCGAUAUCUCAGCUGCAACACUCGCUCCAGGCCGCAGACCAAGCGGCCUCUGCAUCGCCGCCCGUGGACGAGGCAACCCAAGUAGCAGCCCUUCUCCACGAUAUUGGUCAAUUCGUCCCCGGCAGGGACCUGAUCUCGCUGACUGGCGGCAAAGCCGAGAAUCUUGGCGGCGCGGCCGCAGGGGAGAGCGUGGGCCGGGUUGGCCAUGACACUUUGGGGGGCGAGUUUCUUCUUGCGCUUGGCUUUUCAUCCAAGGUGGCCCGUCUGGUUGCGUCGCACGUCGAGGCGAAGAGGUACCUGUGCGCAGUUGACAGCGGAUACUACGACAAGCUCUCGGACGCCUCGAAGAAAUCCCUGGCCUACCAAGGCGGCCCCAUGAGCGGCAAGGAGCUCGACGACUUUGGGAGCAGCCCGUGGUGCAAGGAGAUGUGUCAGCUGCGGGUUUGGGACGAUGAAGCCAAAGUGGAGGGUCUGCAGGUCAGAAGCUUGGAGAGUUGGCGACGCAUCAUUGAGCGUCAACUAGAAGAUCAAAGGCGCCUAGCAGAUGGAGAGACUGAAAUAUGA